AUGAUGAGCAACCCCAAUACCCCGGGCGGUGACUGCGACUACAUCUUCAAGAUCAUCGUCAUUGGUGACAGUGGUGUAGGCAAGUCCUCCUUGACUGUGCGUCUCUCCGAGGAUGUCUUCUACAAGGACUACGCGUCCACCAUCGCCAUCGACUUCCGCAUGCACCAAAUGAGCUACAUGGACAAGCGUGUCCGCCUUCAGAUUUGGGACACGGCCGGCCAGGAGCGCUUCCAGUCCGUCGCCACGGCGUUCUACCGCGGUGCUAAUGGCGUUCUGCUGUGCUUCGACCUUACCCACCGCCCGUCUUUUGUACAUCUGGAGCAGUGGAUGGACCGCGUGCGGCAACAGGCCCUGCCCGGUAUCCCGUGUCUGCUGGUGGGGUGCAAAAGCGACGAGGCGCGCUCCAGCCGCCAGGUGACGUGUGAGGAGGCGCUAGCCUGGGCUCAGCAGCACAACAUGGCAUUCAUCGAGACAAGCGCGAAGGAGAAAGAGAAUGUUCAGACGGCCUUCCAGCAGAUCACCAGCUUCAUCUUCGAGGAUAUGAAGGAGCGUAACGGCAAGGCACCGGGGGCUGGCGACAACGCGGCUGCUCGCGCGCAGAGCGUCCACCUCGACCGCCAGGGGAGCAACAAAAAGGAAAGCAAGUGCUGCUAG